CUACACCCCUUUUCGCUGGGUGAUCCCAGGAGGGGAAGCCUCCUCUUCUGCCUGCCUCUGGGACCCCCAGCAGACACUUCCCCUGUCGUGUCUGGCUGAAGGUUGGGUGCUGCUGUGCAGACACCUGAGGCUGUGAGGCGGUGCUGGCCCAGUCCCUGCCCCCUGCUCUCGGGGUCUGGCUGGAGCCGCCCAGCUCAUUGCACUGCCAGCGCAGGGAAGGAGGUGCGUGCAGCACAGCACUAGAAGAAAUGUCCAGACUUUUGAAGAUAUGUUUCUUAUUGAUAUCAGUGAAUCAUGCUGAGAUUACACACAGUCAAAACUCUGAAGAUUUGCCUCCAUUAUUACACAAAGCUGUGGAGGAAGUAAUAACUGGGAAAUAUCUGAAUGCCCUCCUUGAUAUACUUCAUUUUCAAAGUACUAAUGCCUGGACAGCAGAUAUGCUUACAAAAGUCAUGGCACAUUUUCAUGCACAGGAAGUUAUGUUCACUCUUAGCAGCCUACAGAUGUCCAUAGAAAGUUACCUGAAGAAUCUUUUAUACCAGCCUAGGCAACUACUGUCCGAAUUUCAACAGCUCGAUCAGCAGCAGUUCCAAACUGCAAUGAAGUAUCUCUUCAACAACAGAAAGGGCCAUCUUGAAAUGGGAAAUAUUAUUCUUGAUUGGGACAAAACUAGAGAGAGAAUUUUUCAAAGCCCAGGAGUAAACAGGACCUUGUUCCUUAUAACACUGGAUAAAUGCUUUCUGGUUCUGAGUGCUUUGGACUGUGUGGAUAUCCUAAGCCAGGUUUUGCGUGUAUCAGCGGUGAACUAUCUCCAACCUGAUGUCAUUGGGAGCCUCCCAAGCAUUCUGCUGGAGGAUGCUUUCAGAAACUUAUCAACAGUAUUCAAGGACCUCUACGACAAAACCUCAGCAAAUACACAGAGAGCUCUAUAUGUCUGGAUGAAACAGAUUCUACAAAAACCCUAUAACACGAGUGAGUUCAAUGAAUCAACUUCUUGGGUCAGUGCAGAAAGCUUAUGGAUUUUGGGAAGAUACAUGGUCCAUCUCCCACUGGAAGAAAUUCUGAAAAUCAGUCUCGGUGAAAUAAGACUAUUCAUUAGCUAUGACAAUGCAACAAAGCAGUUGGACACGGUGUAUGAUAUCACACCAGAGCUCGCACAAGGCUUCCUGGAAAGAAUAAACUCAUCAGGAUUUGAUAUGAGAAACACUUCAACUAUCUACAGGCUAGGUUUAUUGGUUUGCUUUUAUGAUGACAUGGAACAGAUGGAUGCAGCUGUGGCCCGGGCUUUACUUCAUCAAAUGAUUAAGUGUAAUCAACUGAGAGGUUUCCAGGCUGAGGUUCAGAAGCUCAAAUCUCAACUCCUGGACAUUGCCAUGCAAAACCAGACAUUGAAUGAUAUCCUUGGAUCUCUGUCAGAUGCUGUAGUUGGACUAACUUCAAGUCAGCUGGAAUCUUUGUCAUCUGAAGCGGUGCAUAAUGCUAUUGCAACAUUAAACCAAGUCUCUGGGUGGACAAAAAGCCAAGUUAUGAUUUUAUCCAGUAAAUACCUCUCUCAUGAAAAGGUUUUAUCAUUUUAUAAUGUUAGUCAGAUGGGCGCAUUGGUAACUGGUAUCAGUACCCAGUCAUUCUACAGCAUGAACCCAAAAGAGCUUUCUCACAUUAUUCGAGGCACAACAUCCCAAUACUUAUCUGAUUUAUCGCCUGCACAACAACAAGGGAUCCUCAGGAAGAUAGCUGCAUCUGGAGAUUUUUCUUCAUCACUCAAAGAUAUACCAGGAGCUUUCUUUAAAGAAAUAUCUCUUCCUGGUUUAUGGAAGCAGACUGGAUAUAAUUCUUCAAUGAUGAAAGAAAAAGAAUUAAGAAGAAGCCAGGCUUUAUAUCUGUAUGAAUUACUGUCUAAGAAAAACUACCCUGUUGAUCUUCUAAGCACAGGACAGCUUGUGAAAGGAGUAACUUGUCAACACAUUGAAAGUAUGGGUACAGACAUUUUUUUAAACACUUUCAAAUUCUUUGAAAUGAAUCUUCAUCUACUUUCUCCAUAUCAGGUUAAUUGUUUGGCUUGGAAGUUUUGGAAAGUCUCCAAUGUAUCUAUGCCUCCAUUCCUCUUACUGGUGCUUCCGAUUGAGUACCUGGAGUAUGUUUCAGGCCCUUUGUGUGUCCCUUUCAUUGCAAGUCUGGGGAAGACUGAGAUGGACCUUUUGAAUCCAAGCCUUCACAAAAAGAACGCUGUCCUACAAAAAGUACAGGAGUGCUUGAACGGCUCCGUUGCUGAUGAAUAUGAUGUUGACCUACUUGGAAAUUUAAUCUGCCACUUACCUCCAGCCUUUCUACAUGGCAGAAUGUCCCUGAAGGCAAUGGCAACAGCCCUUCAUCCCUUCAAGCUCUGCCAACAGCUCAGCCAUGAGCAGAAGACUGAAAUUAAAUACAAACUACUUGAAUUAUAUGGUUUCCCAAACAACUGGACAGCUGAAACGACAUUAGAUGUUGGACCGUUCAUAGCUCUGCUGUCAAAAGGGGAAUUAAACAUCCUUGCUGAAAAGUUCCCAGAUAUCAUUUUACAGAUUGCAAAGACAAGUGGACCAAUUUCUUCAGCUGAAGAGCUUCUAUCAACUGUAUUUGAAUCUGUCUCCAAUGCCACUGCCAACAUCAAAUCAUCUCUCUCCAGACCUGAUUGCCUGGGAACCAGAGCUCCUUCUUCAGAUGAAAUCAUUAAAUUAGCAGAAGCAAAUGUCUUUUGGUCAGUUCAGGAACUGAAAUGCAUGGACACAGGGACUUUUGACAAAAAUGUGGAACUUCUUGGGGCUGUCUCAGGUUUUAACAGCUCCCAGCUUAUUGCCUUGAAGGAAAAAGCCAAGCAGGUUUGGGGAUCGCUGCCAGACUGGAAGAGUUAUCAUAUUGUUUCCCUGGGCCGCAUUGCUCUUGCACUCACCGAACAUGAAAUUGAAGAGCUGGAUUUGCAUUCUAUCGACACCAUUUCUGUACUUAGUCAGCAAACAGGAUGGACUCUUACCCAGGCAAGAUCUAUUUUGCAAGGUUUUCUAGAAGACUCUGGCCAGACAAUCAGUACACUAAAAAGCUUUGAUUUAGUUGGAUUAGGAGCUAUUCUGUGUGCUUUGAACUCCACAGAAAUCAUGUCCAUAAGGACUGCUGAAUUCAGUGCUGCUGUUGCAAGAAUUGGCCUGUUGUUUUGUAGCACCCCUGUUCUGAGGCAGUUUAAGAAGAUGACAGAAUCUGUGUUUGGUACUCCUACCAGCUGGAACAGCUCUAUUUUACAGGAAAUUGGUACUAUAGCAGGUGGUUUGAAUGAGGAUGAAUUAAAAGCUUUUGAUAAAAACUUGAUGCCAUAUUUCCAGCCAGUGGCAAUAAGACUUAUACCUCCUGAAAUUUUCCAAGCAUUGUCCCCAGAACAAAUAGCAAACCUGGGCCCUGAAAAUGCCGCCAUGGUUACCAGGUCACAGCAUGAGCAUCUGAAUACAUCACAGCUCCAGAGCCUUCAGCUGGCACUGGACGGAGCCAGGACAAGCACCCCAGAGACACAGAACACUGCAAGCACUACCCAGGAGGCGCAAACUGCAGCUCCAAGUGGUGCUCCUUGUCUGAGUGGCUUUGGCAUCUGGUUGUGUGCUGUGAUUACACUGCACCUGCCUUUCUAAUCCAUGUUUGUUAAGCUUAAGUGUUCCAAAGCUUACAAAGGAGAUGCUAAAGAGUUGCAGCUCAGCAUGAAUAGUAGAAUUAAGAGGCUCUGAGAUUCCUGAGUGCAGAGUGAUUAAUUUCUUAAAAGCAACACCUUCAUCUGCCAUCAUGAUGUGAAGUAUUCCCCUUCCCUGUCUUUAGGAUUAACAAGUAACAAUGGAUCCCUCCAAAUACUUCAGACAAAUUUCAAAACUGGAAAUGGCUUAUCUGUCUCAUGAGACAGUCAUUGAAAGAUACACUUAGGUAGGAGCCUGAACUAUCUAGGAGACAGGUAGCAGGUGACUGUUAUUUGGAGGCUGAUAUAUUGUACCCAGUGCUUUUUACAUUGGUUAACUUGGCCACACUGUUGUAUCCACCCGUUGGGUUUUCUUCUCGUAGUUUGAGCAUACUUCCCCCUGGACAGAGGCUAUCCUUCUGUGUGACCUAGCAGAAACUGUACUAAAAGUUACUGCUGCUGCAAUAAAAUAACUUCAUCUCUGGGCUGGUGGUUUAAAUCCUGCUCAGAUAAGAAGUGAUGACAUGUUCUUAUAAUAUAAGCACCUGUACGAAAUGUAGUUCCCCAUGGGUGUAUGUAUUCAACACAGAGGGCACUGGCAAUACUAUUUCAUGUGACAAAAUGCACCAUGGAAAUCUGCUUAUGUUCAUCAUGAGAUACUCCCUCCACUUCAGGUGGGGUUGAAGCAUACACCUGGGAAUAAUAAGGGAAAACUGUUCACUGGGUCUAUAUACUACUAGGACUGUCAAUCCAGUGCUUUCCACAAGCUCUAUACUACCUAAUUUCUCAUUAUUAUAAACCACAAAUAUUCUCAUGUGUUUUAUCAAUAUAUGGGUUACGUGUCUAAUGUUUCUCAUGCAACACCUCAGUAUUUUAAACAAUAGAGAAAACAUUAAAAAUCCUCUGCAUGUGAACAUACUUUCUGAUGUUGUUCAACCUGAUUUUAUGCCAAGACUGCAUGGUACAGUUUUCCAUUUUGCCAUUGCAAAAGUCUUUAUCUUUUCUAUCCUAAGAAAGGCAAUGCAUAGACUUAAAAGUUUAGCUCUUUCAUUUGGGGCUGUGCUCUAGUAAAUGCCUUUCAAACAUUUAUUUGUAUCUCUUUAUAGCAAACAUCACAUCUAGCUCUCAGCACUGAAAGCAGACUUGAAAUUUUACUACAGGUAGGAAAGGAGCAGAAGUGGGGCUGAGAGGGAAAGCUGGAGGGAAGAGCCUUGCUGCUUUUGCUGCUGCUGGGGAGCGGGGAACGUUAGCUGUUGCUGCUGUUGGGAGUAGCAGCUCCCACCACAGUCCCAUAUACUCUGUAAUUCCUGCAGCAGCAGGAGGCAAGCUGAUUUUCAGGGCUUUGUUAUUGGCAAAGUAGGCAUGGCCGUUUUUCACACCCUCCUGAUCCCUCUCCCUCUUUAGCAACCUGCUGUUCUAGGAACUGCCUGUGCCUAUAACUAACCCUGGCAAGUGUGACAUGAUGUUACAGAUAGUACUACAUGCUCUAGUUUUGCAUUUUAUGAGGAAAGAACUAAUAUUGCUGCAAACUGCCUUGCACCUUUUUCUCUAAUGCUAACAAUAAGAUUCCAGCUUUUCCUGCUGUGUUUCCUUUACUGCAUGUGAACAGUAGAAUGCAACAUUUAUUUAAAUAGGAAGGAAAAAAAAAAAGUUAUAUUAAUCCCAGCGAAUACAAUGCCCACUAAAACAAAAAAAUGCUUCAGUGAAUCAAAUUCGUUAUAAAGAUUUAGCUGGUUUUUCAUAUUAAAAAAUUUCUGCCUCAUUUAGAUGUGAAAGUACCAAGAAGUUGUUUGAUUUCUAGAAACUGCGUGACUUGAAUUCUAUGUGCACUUCAGUGAAGAUGCAGGAGAAUAUUUUCAGUCAAGGAUACCAUCAGCGUUUCCAGUUGAGCUGUUUAAGUCGGAUACAUGACUUAGCUAUACCAAGCACUUCAAAAAUCUAUAUGAGCUGAAAAUUAUCUUCUUCUGACAAUGUACCUGGGAGUGAUUCCGUCUGCAAUUAUGUGAGUCAGAGUUUAGCUUUUAAUUGGAGCAGGAGUGAACUCUUUGUUUGGUGCCAUCUGUGCUGUAAUUUCUUUCAAGCACAAGUGCUUUUAAGUAGCUGAACUCCUCGAUUAUUUAUUUAUUUUAUUAAAUUAAUAAUUAUGUUAAUAAUUUUGGCAUUGCAUUUACAUUUGGCCAAAUACAUGUCUAUUUCUUACAAGAGUGCUGUAGGAAGGGUAAACGUGGAGUACCCACUUAAUGUACUUAUUUCGUGGUAAGAGUACAAAUCCUGUUUGGUUUGUAAGAUGGUGUGAGCAUCUUGGAUGGGGAGUAUUGUAGAAAAGCAAUUACACUUUUGCCAAUGUAGCUCUUGUAAAGGUCACUGAUGGAAAAACCUGUUCUACAAAAGCUGUGAUUCAUGAGAUACCUCCCUCAAAACUGUCGAAACUGAAUUUCUGGGAAGAAUAGAUGGAAAGGAGAGAAAGAGAUGGAGAGCACUAAUAUACGUGGUAUAUAACCCAUAUAUGUGAUCUGCUACCUGUUCACUUCCAUUAGCUAAGGGAAAACUGAAACAGAAACUUUACUUUUUACUCUUGUGAAACAAACCACAGAACUCCUUAAUGCAGGCAUCCAUGCCACAGGAUACCACUAGUUGUGCAGAUCUGAGCAUAUGUGUAGUACAUACAAAAUGUAUGUGAUCACUUUCAUUGGAAUGCAUUGAUGGGAAAAAUGCCUCACAGUCCUUCACACCAAAAGGAUUUUGAGGAAGAAUGUAUUAGAGAGAACUGUUAUGUAAAGAUUCCUUUGUACCUUAAAAAAAUGUUGCUCUUUGUUGUCAGUGUGGGUAACAUUUGUCUAAACCAAGCUUAGUUUUUCCUAUAUCCUUUUAGUUCUAACAUUUGUAUUUGAGAAUAGGAAAAAAAUCAGAUUAAUGCAUAAAUCUGCUGUUCAAUAUAUAGCAUGGCAAUCAUUUUCUUAUCUGGGUAUUGUGAGAAUUGCAGCUCUCCUCUCCAUUUGUGACUACUCUGAUGGUUGCUAGGCACUGCCGUACAUACCGCAGGAUAUACAUCUGGCUGUUGAUUGUCUGACAUAACUCUGGUGUAGUCCAGCUCUUCUGAGUGUGGUGAACCAUGUGGCAGGUGAACCACCGGCCCUGUCCAGCAGUAUGUAGGAGGAAGUAUUUCAUUUAAUUCAUUUCAUUGGAUGUAGGAUUCUUAAGGGGUUAAGAGAUGGAAAAAAGACUUGGUUGGCUUACUAUUUCAGUGCCUGACAACUUUAUAUUGAGAAUUGUGUUUCAAAAAGAGAAAGGGGCUACUAGUUCUAGAUCACCAAUAGAGAAAACAUCCCUACCACCUGGUACUGAGGAAGUGCUGCAUUUAUGGUAUCUUUAAAUCCCUGAAGAUAAGAAAACAACUACACAUCCACAGGAUCUGAAAACUGUCCUUGUUAAAGCUAGCAUUAUGGCUGUUGUCAGGUUUUGUACAGUACGCCGAAUGUUUGACUCCCAGUGAUCUCAAUCUGUCACAUCAGAGCUAACCAACUCCUAUCAGUGUGAGGCUCUAAAGAUACUGCUAUAAAAAAAACAGAAAAAAGGCAUCCUUCUUCAAUUUUAAGAAGCCCUUUAUGCCUCUGCAUAAUCUGCUCAAAUAUUCCAGAGGCAAUUAUGUACUGCAUUAUAGCAGAUUUAGCUUAUCACUUGACUGCUGCGCUUAUCUUAGGAUCACCACCACCUGAUUUAUUUUCCGCUAACACAGAUUGCAGCCCUGUCAUAUAGACUGGGACCUUGUUACAGUCCCAUUGUUUGCCUAUGUGGAAGCAGAGGUGAGACAUGCCUCCCAGGUGUGCCAGCCAAAUGAACCUGGGGUAUUGGGAGAGGUGUGACUAACCCAGAUGACACUCACAAAUAAGCAAUCAAUUGAAUAGUCACCUGGAAUUUGUCACAUGAGCAGGUAAUCCCAUAGCAUUGGCUGUACUGCACUUGCUGGUGUUAUGGCUCUUACUGUGUUGUGGUUAUAGAUAUCACACUGCUUCUGAGUGUGCACACAGCCAAUUACAGUGUAUCAGUUGAGGAGGGAGAACUCAUUAAAGUGUGGUACCUUGUUCCCUUGUGAUAGGCUGUCUUCCUUAGAGAGAAGUAGAAAUAAAACUUCAAAUAAUCUCUUCCUCUCUCCUCCCUCUCCAAAAAGGCUGAUAUUCUUGGUUGGUACGCAACUUUAAGCAAUGUGGUCUCUUUAUCUCAGUGAAAAUGUUUUUGAUAAGUCUGUGGGUUUGUUGUUUAUUUGCUGGGUGUUUUUUUUUUAAAGCAAGAUCUGUAGGCAUGUGCCUAAGGAGGGCUAAGAACCUUAUUUUACUCCCUUAUAGUCUUGGUUAGUGAAAUAUUCUUUCCUGUGGCGUAUGAUGUGGGACAGCCUUGUGCACUGCUUACUCCACUGCUGUUCACAUGAGGAAUAUGACUUCCCUUUCCAGUAAGGCAGGAGGAAAACUGGAUAGAAAAGACUGGUCUGUGAAGAAUGAACACAAACUCCAAUUAAGUUAGAUUUCUUUUAUCAGUACUCCAGAACAUCUGAAAUUCCUCCUGAGAAACAGUAUUUUGUGCAUUAUCAUACAGCAUGCUUUUAGAAGUGCAGGUAAGUGACAAGAUUUUCAGAGAACAAAAUAAAUCUGUGUACCAUCCAGGUAUCCAGAACUUUGGAUUUUAGUAAAGUGUCUGAUUCAUUGUCGGACUUCCUUUCCAAACCUAUCUACUCAGUCCCUAAACACAGAAAUUAAGAGACUAGCUCAUACUGCCUACCUGACCUUGUCUGAUAUCAGGACCUGUAACAGUUUUGUACCAUAGGAUAUUUUAGCAAAAUUCACAUCUGGUUCUUUAAUUGUACCCAGAAAUAGAUAGUCUAGAAAUGUAUUAUAUUUUUUCUGCAAUGAGUAGCAAGCAGCCAAUGUCCAUCUGUCUCUUCCUGCCCCUUUCUUUUCAGCAUCAGUCUGCUUUUCCAAUCCAGAUUAAUGAGAGGAUUUUCUUGCCCUUAUGACGCAGGAGCACAAGGCAUGUUCAAAGCUUACAAUCCAAGUGACUAUACAUUGGAGUAUUAAACGAAGGAAUUAUGAUUGCUGGAUUUCUUGCUUUGCUGGCAACAGUAUAACAUUUACCAUCUAAUGUUUUAGCUGGUAUUAAUUAAAAUAUUUAACAGCAUCUCACUUAGUAUCUGUGGUCUCUUUGGAGAACAAAGAGAAAAGAAGAGAGACCAGGAGUAAAUUCCUAGAGGAGAAAUAAAAAAUAGUGUAAAAUACUAGUCUGUCAGAAAUACAGCAGGAUAAUAUUUUCUGGUACUCCUUUCCCUGAUAAUUUUUAACUGUUGUAUAGACAAGAACUGUAUUGAUUUAGCAAAGCAUAGCCAUUGCUGUAGUUAAAAUCAUGUGCUGGUUUGAUGUGCAAGCUAAAGCUGCCCUAGGUCAUCUGUAACUGGGGCCUGCCAUGUUUCAAUAUGUAAUCAGAUGUCAGAAAACAAUUUAGAUCACAAGUUCUGAAUAAAUCCUGCAUGAACUGAGAAAGGAGGUGAGGGAGAACGGAUGUCAGCUCUCUGCCUUUAAUGUAUCUAUUAAAAUAGAUCCCAGAUA